CGUCGCUGCCAUGACAACCAAGGAGCCCGCAUUCCCUGGCUCGACAGAGGCUUGAAGCCCGGGGACUCCGGGUAAGGUCCCGCGCGGAGCGCAGGAAGUCGGGGGCCGCCCAGCCAUCAUGCCCAGUGAAACCCUUUGGGAAAUUGCAAAAGCUGAAGAGGAAAAAAGAAGUCAAGGAAGUGAAGGUGACAGAGUCGAAAUUGGAGAAAAAUCUGUUUUCUUCAUUGGCAGUAAAAGUGGGGGAAAGACAACUAUUAUUCUAAGGUGUCUUGACAGGGAUGAGCCGGCAAAGCCAACCUUGGCUUUGGAAUAUACCUAUGGAAGAAGAGCAAAAGGACACAACACACCAAAAGACAUUGCUCACAUUUGGGAACUGGGUGGAGGAACCUCUUUGUUGGACUUAAUCAGCAUACCGAUCACAAGUGACACCUUGCGGACAUUUUCUAUAGUUCUUGUUUUGGAUCUUUCAAAACCUAAUGACCUUUGGCCGACUAUGGAAAAUCUGUUGCAAGCCACAAAAAGGCAUGUAGAUAAAGUGAUAAUGAAAGUGGCAAAGACAAAUUCCAAAGCAGCUUCUGAAAUGAGGCAGAAGAUGUGGAGCAGCAUACAGAAGGACCAUCCGGAUCGUGAAUUAAUUGAUCCGUUUCCAAUACCUCUGGUCAUAAUUGGAAGUAAAUAUGAUAUUUUUCAGGAUUUCGAUCCUGAGAAGAGAAAGGUGAUAUGCAAGACACUUCGAUUUGUUGCACACUAUUUCGGAGCUUCCUUGAUGUUCACCAGUAAAUCAGAGGCUCUCUUGCUAAAAAUUCGUGGCGUUAUCAACCAGUUGGCAUUUGGUAUUGAUAAGAGCAAAUCGAUAUGUGUGGAUCAGAAUAAACCACUGUUUAUCACAGCAGGAUUGGAUUCUUUAUGUCAAAUAGGAUCUCCUCCUGUUUCUGAUAAUGACAUUGGAAAGCUUCAGGCCCAUUCACCAAUGGAACUGUGGAAAAAAGUAUAUGAAAAGCUGUUUCCACCAAAGAGUAUCAGCACACUGAAAGCAAUCCAAGACCCUGCGCGAGAUCCCCAAUAUGCUGAAAGUGAAGUUGAUGAGAUGAGAGUUCAGAAGGAUCAG